AUGAAUAUUGAAAAUUAUAUAUCUAUAAAUCAGUUAGUUCUUAACUUUGUUGGACUUUACCCAAUAAGUAUUGCAAGAUACAUUAUAUGUAUUAGUUGUAUUUUACUUAUUAUUAUACCACUAAUAGCACAAAUCUGUACAAAUUUGGAAAACUUAAAUAUUCUUUUGGAAACAAGUUCAGUCUUGCUCACAAUUUCACUUUCUAUACUAAAAUCAUUCGUUUGGAUUUUUAAUCGAAAAAAUAUGGAAUUUUUAAUUCAUUUCAUGUUAAUAGAUUAUUGGAAAAUAAUUAAAACUGAUGUUUUUGAACACCUACAAGAAUAUGCAAUAUGUGCUAAAAAUGUUACAAAAGGCUAUUUAUUUUUAAUAAUUAAUUCAUUAGUAUUUUUUUAUAGUGUGCCUAUCAUUGAAAUAUUUUUUACUAUAAUUCAAGAUUCAACUAAUAAUUUAACACAGAAGAAUUUUCCAUUUGUUGCAUCAUAUCCUUUGGCUUUCUAUAAUUUUCCUCUCUAUGAGAUUACUUAUGUAUCUCAAAUAUUGGCAACAAGUAUUUGUGGUCUUAUGAUACUUGCAACUGACACCCUAAUUGCAACUGCUGUGCUCCAUACAUGUGGACAUUUUAAAAUUCUUGAAGAAAAUUUAAAGCAAAUAAAUUCCAACAUUUAUUGUGUAUGUAUGAUAAAUAGCGUGGAAAAUAAUUCAAAAAGUAUAAGUGCAAAUAUAUACAAAAUAAAAAUUCAAGUGGCAUGUGUAAUUAAACAUCAUCAAGUAAUUCUUUGGUUUUGUGAUAAUAUGGAAAAGAAUUUUCAUGUAAUGCUCUUUCUGCAAACUUUGGCCAGCAGUCUUAUAAUUUGUUUUGUCGGAUUUCAAAUUUCUACAACGUUAUUGGUGCAAACUAAACUAAUAAGAUACUUUUCUCAUUUAAUGAUGGCACUUUUUCAACUAAUACUGUUCUGUUUCCCUGGAGACAUUUUAAUCUCUAAGAGUACUAGUAUAUAUAGAGCUGUAUACUCUAUACAAUGGUAUAAAUUGCCAACUUUUAUUAAAAGUGAAGUGUGCAUGAUCAUGUUACGUGCUCAGAAACCUAGUUGCAUUACAGCAGGAAAAAUAUAUGUGAUGCAUUUAGAAAACUUCAGUUCGACACUUAGUACUGCACUUUCAUACUUCAUGUUGCUUCAAAGUUUCAAUUUAGAAACUUAA